UGUCCUGCUUCAUGCUUGCAUUUCCAAACGACGGAUGUGUACGAUUGAGAUCGAUUGUUAAACGCUCUGCAGCUUCAAGUUGGAACGGCGGAACUAAAUAAAUGUCCAUAGUCGGUAAAAAGGGAUCGGAAUUGAUCCCGCGAAGCAAUCGAGUAAUCGAACAUAAUUGACUUGGUUACGCGAGGCAUGGAAGUGCCAAGCUUGGCACGCUCAAACGCCUAGUCGCCUUUCUUCUCUGCACUGGAAUAGGAUAUCCUGCACCGUAUUGGUGAGUCUCGGGCCUCGAGGAUGAGAAAAAUGAAAUCCCAUCAUUUUCCGCUGGGCGCGGCGCGCCUCUCCGUUGUUACGCAAAGCUAUAUACUGAAGCUUUCCCUCACAUCUCCCUCCUCCUUCGCCCUGUGCUGAAGGAGUCUCACUUGCUUCCUCCUUCAUGAUCGGGCCUGUUUCGAUUACUCCGCGUCGGUUGCUGGAUUGAAACUGUUUGCUUAUAUCGAGCUGUGUCCUCAUCACCUGCAUUUUACUGACAACGAUCACGCAAGUGCGCCCACGCUAGGACAGUAGUUGAGAGGACGAAUCGUUAGAGCUGUGUCCCGACGAGUAAGGUUUCAUAUUACUUCUAUUGUAAUUGGAUGCGAUGCUAUUCAACCUGUCUCUUUUUUAUCUUCCUAGUCGGCUUAACCACAUCUCACUUACAUAGGCUCUUUCUUCCCCCCCCCCCCCCCCCCCCCCGCACGUUGGGAGGAAGUCGUAAAAUCUCUAAGCUUUGUUACAGUCUCAGCACAGCCUAUACACGCGAGCAGUCAGACAUGACGAUGAUGCACACUACGAACGGAGAAGCGACUUCUCCACUUCACGACAAUCACGACCCUACUACUGACCAGCGCGGACGGAACAUUGUGAACUUCCAAGCACUCAUGGACCAAUUGGAAGAAGAAGAAGCUUUGGCUUCUCCAUUAUCCGGAAGCUUUAGUGCGGGUCUGCCGCCUCCUCCUCGAGCAAAUAAUAGGCUUCCCAAACUGCCAUCAACAACACCGAAACAGCCUCUUCCGGCGAUUUCAGCUAACGCCUUCAGGGAGAUGUCUGCCGGACCAUCGUCUUGGAAUCCUUUUAUCACGUCUAGCUUUCUCCAUCAUCGCACAAGUUAUUCGGACCCUGACAUUCUAUCCUAUUCACAACCCGCCACUGUUCCUUCCAGCCCUGCUCCUUCCCUUUCUCAUUCUAGCGAUUCUUCGCAUACAACCAACGACAAAAGUGUGGCGAGCUUACCUCCCUCACCUGAAGUACUUCCACCACCUUCCACUGCGCCUGCAGCUGGAUUCAAAAAACAUCACCGCUAUUUCGCUUCGUUUUCCAAGGUUGAGAAAAUCCUUGGCAGAGGUCGUUUGAACCCAUUAAAGCGUUCUGAUUCUACACCCGCGACCCCCGCGAGUUCUACCUACCGACCAAGCAACAAUAUAUCACAUAAAUAUCCCGAGAUGCAACAGGUGGACAGCCCGACACAACUGGUGUCCACGAGCUCAUCUGACCGUACGUCGUCCGAGUCGCGACGGGACGAGACCCGAGUCCGAUCAGUGGGCGCCUCUGCCGUCGCGACGGCGACAGGCCGAUCUGUGACCGAGAGGCCGUCAGGGGCGUCACGACCGCUGUCACAUCGGCAGCAACAAAUUGAUUCUGCUGGAAUCCAGUCCGCCGCCAUGUCGACGAGGAGGAGGUCGAGCGAAUACGCCAGUACUCGGGCCACGUCUGAAUCUAGUCACGAACCACCAUCUACGCCCUCGGAAGGACGGAUUUCAAUCUCGAGCACCAUAUACCCCGGCUCGUCCUCCUACACACAUUCUAUCAACGACAAUCAUUACUAUCACUCCUCUUCAACACAUUUUCAAGGCAGGUCCUCCAUGAGCGGCGAUCGUGAUUCCUUUAUCGACAUGGCCUCGCCAACCUCCCCUCGUUCCCCAGAGUAUGAUCCACUUCAUGAUUCAAUGAAUGAUCCCUACUUUACUAGUUUUGCCUCUAAUUACUCUGCACCGCACAAUAUGCAAACUCACGAUGUUACGAAAGUCAAGUCUCAUACCUCUCCUCUGCCGGCCAGCAAGCCUCCGAUUCCUACCUCCCCGAAGCCCUCCUUCAGACGUUCACAGUCUGUGCAACCGUCCUCUCAUCGCCCGGCACCGCUUGAGAUCCCUCCAAACGCCGCACGGACGAGGAAGGACCUGCCGCCGACGACCAACAUCUUGAAGCCCAAGGAGCGCGCAGAGCUUGUGCGUAAGACGCAGAAGCUAACGCAGGUGUUUGGACAGACACCCGGACCGAUGGCGUUUUCUCAAAACUCGUAUGAAGCGAACUCCUCGGGUAGCUUCCUGUCCCCGACGGGUGCAUUUGGGUCGCACGUCAUGGCAAAGAAGAAGCACCUUCAUCAACGAGGGGCUGUUUCAGUGUCUGGUGAAUCUGUGGCAUCAACGGGAAUUGGAUUGUCAAAGCAGGCAAACUGGCCCCCACAGGAAGGUACACUGUAUCUCUCAUUCGGCAGUAGGCGGCACUCUAGUCCGUUGAGCCCUCGCGAGUUCUCCUUCACCGAGGAGGUAGAACAUGCCUACACGGGCGAUGUCCGAGACAGCACGGAUCGUAUCCACGUCGGAUCUGAGGAAGGCGUUGCGAACAGCGACAGAGACAGCGAGCAUGCAGGGCGCGUGUCGGCGGACGUCGGCCGGCGCGCUGCUCGUUCAGGGAUUGGAUCACCUCCGCGUACCGGGUCUCCGACGUCGUUCAUGGACCUGUCAGAUGAAGAAGUCGUGCACGAUGGAGCCUCGUCGAUCAUCACCGUUGAGACGCCGAAAGCGAAUAGAACAUAUACUGCUUUCUCGCCUUCAACUCCUUCACUUCUCUCGCCAGAGGAACAACUCGAGGAGGACCGUCGUCGCAAACGCGAAAAGUUAGCCAAGCUUCACCGCUUCCUUGGCUCACGCGUUCCCCAAGACCUGGUUCUCGCCCAGAUUGACACUGCCGUACCUCGUCCUCCAGUAGCGUCUGUCUCUGCUAUAAAUCCUCCAGCAACUAAGCCCGACAUGGAUACGCGCAAGACCAAGAUGAGACGCAGGAGGAGCUCUUCUGCUGCGGAAUUCCCUGCGAUAUGGUCAGACGACAUUGAUCGACUAAGAGAAGAUCUCAAUGAUAGGGAGAAGGCCAUCAACGUCAGACGGGCUGUCAAGAUGCAGCAGAUGUUCGGCGUCGCUCCUCCUCAGACCCUAUAUCACACCCGUCCCCAUACAGCCUCGCCAACUGCAGCAAAUGUUCCUUCACCCCCAGCAGCGCCGGCGUCUUCCUCGAGACAGGUGACACCACCUCAGAGCCCUAUCACUUCUGCUUUGCGUAAUUUGAAUAACUCAUCUUAUAACAAGAGCAAAGCGAAGAAGAGCCGUCGACCGGGUACAGCAGAUUCAGCGACACCGCUUAUUUCCACGCCCGCCUUCGAGGAUACGCCUAUUGCGCAUGCUUUGUCCGACGUCUAUUUGCACUAUCGUCAUUCACUCAACUCUCUGAAUGAUAUCAUUGACAGGGAUGACAAGGAGUCACUUGUAGACCUACAUGAUUACCUUCAUGGCAGCACCUCUUCUCAACCUCUGCAGACGUUUUCUCGUCAGGAUGGUCCUAAUCCUGUCACUUCGCCCUCAAUCAAGGCGGAACGUCGUCGCUCUCUUCCUUCUCGAACCUCUAUGACGUCCAUCAGUUCAGAGUUUAGUUUGAUGUCCAUAACACCUACACCAUCUCCCGAAAUCUCAGACUUCCAAGCUCGGCGUCGGAGGGCUGCUAAGCUCACGCAAUUCUUUGGGGUAGAUUAUCGUGAGCUCAUGAGCGAGAUCCUUGAGAGUAUUGAGAAAGGCUUGGAAGAAGAAAGUGGCCGAGGAAAUUUGGAACCUGACGAAGUCCAAGACUUGCUGAUGAAACUACGAAAGCUUAAGGUGAAACGCAACACCUUCAUCUAGGCGGCACUGUUGCCUUUCCUCAUAUCCCUCAAUCUUUGUUUUAUGUACUGUCCUUUAGGACAAUAGGGCACAUUUAUAACACUCUAGAGCUUUCGUAAUAUCUGUGGGUUUUAUCGUUGUGCUGGACGCAAGCGAUGGGUUGCUUCUUUCUUCACGCUCUCUUACAUUGUAAUAGUACUGUACACCAUAGUUCCAUCCAGGAGACAUCCACAUUAACAUGCAUUUCCAUAACGCAUUCCGAAAUAGAGAGAACCUAGAAUACAGAGAAGAGUGCUAGAGAACCACAAGGUCGCCAUGACACG